CUGAGGAUCCCCGCGGUGGCGACUUUUACGCAGAAGCUGAGAGGAAAUGCAUCUGCUUAAACCGGGCAGAUUUAUCCAAAAUAACUUGAUUUAUGACUGAAAUUAUGACAAUAUUCGAUCUAAGCUGGGAGGAUUUGUCAGGUUAAUUAAUAGGGACCUGUAAUUAUGAAAUUAUGAAGACGGAAGAGGAACUGUUAAGAGUUGAAAUGAGGGAACCAAAGGCGCGUUUUUGAAGCGGAUUUAACUUUUUAUUUUAUUUUAUUUUUUUCCAUUACCAUGUAUAAGAGAUGGAUUCGUCGGUGGCUUCCCGUGUUGAUUUUCACCCUCUUCAUCAUUCUUUACGUGGAUUUCCAGCUGCGCACCAGCAGCCUUCCCAUACUGGCUGAGGUUAAGCAGCAGUCCUCAGGAGCGCGGCUGCGCUCCAUCCAAAAGCUGUCCUCCUCCUCUUCCUCCUCCUCCUCCUCCUCCUCCAACACCGGGGAUGCUGGAAACGGGGCGCACUUUACGCACGGCGGCAGGGAUCCUUCAGGAAGUGUCACACAGCCCAGACUGAAGCAGGAGGACAUCUACAUCGCCGUGAAAACCACCGGCAGGUUCCACAAGACGCGUCUGGCGCUGCUUUUGGAGACCUGGAUCUCCAGGACCAAAGCGCAGACGUUCAUCUUCACAGACGCGGAGGAUGAAGACUUGAGUUCUGAAGGUUAUAACGUGGUGGUAACGGACUGCCAGACAGACCACAGUCAGCAGGCUCUGUCCUGCAAGAUGUCUGCAGAGUACGACGGCUUCAUGGCCUCCAGCAAGAGGUGGUUUUGCCACGUGGACGACGAUAACUACCUGAACCCGGAGGCUCUCCUCGCCCUGCUGUCGGCCUUCCCCCAGGACGGCGACAUCUAUGUGGGCAAGCCGAGUCUGGACAAGCCCAUCACUGCCCACGAACUGCUGGAGGGCAACGCAACGAGGGAGGUGCGCUUCUGGUUUGCCACAGGAGGAGCAGGCUUCUGUCUGAGUCGGAGGCUGGCGGAGAAGAUGGCACCAUGGGCGAGCGGCUCCCGCUUCGAGAAGACCUCGGCGACGAUCCGGCUGCCCGACGACUGCACGGUGGGCUUCAUCGUGGAGCGCAGGCUGGGAAUCUCCAUGGUCCACUGUCCGUUAUUCCACUCGCACCUGGAGAACCUGCUGCUGGUCAGCCAGAGGAGCAUACCGCAACAGGUGACGCUGAGCUACGGGCUGUUUGAGAACAAGAUGAACAGCAUCGAGGUGAAGGGAAGCUUCUCCAAGGAGGACGACCCCUCCAGGUUCAGGAGCGUCCACUGCCUGCUGCAUCCCUUCACCAGCUGGUGUCCCUGAGCGGUGGACAGAACGCGGCUCCAGCCGGACCAAUCCGGACAGGCCUCGAAGACGUUUUUCUGAAAACGAUUCAACCAGCAGCUGGACUGACAUUCAGUCGCUCAGAACACCGGAUUUAAAUAUGGAAUGAAGAAAUGUCUGUGUGGAAAUUUUAUUCUUAAACUGUGAUUUUUGUGCGUGAUUUACUGUUGAAGGCUGAAUUCCAGCUGAAGUAUGUUAUCUGUGAGAUUUCACACAUUUAUUACGGUGCAGUUUGAGUGGUGCCACUUCUCUGCAUGAGGUGGCGCUGUUGAGUCAGGUUGGCUGCCUCUGUUGUGUUUACUACUCAAUCAAUUUUUACAUGAAAGUUUAAUAAAAACAGUCUUUAAGGUAAAUUUUAUUUUGCUUUUUUUCCUCCAGAAAUAACGG